CCGUGCGUGGAACGAGACCAGUUUCUCACGGCGCUGCGAUUGUCGCGCGCGCUACAUUUUCCGUUCAGUCUUUCACCGAGUGCGUCCGCGUGUGGUAUCGUUUUUCCAGACCGUCUAGUCGAAAACAUAAAAAAACAAGGUAUCCCCGUUUCGCCCGGCCGUCGCAUUCCCUGCACGUUCGUUCCGUCUGCUGUCUCGGUGAGGGAAGAAAGGUAGGAAAAGAAGAGCACCACCAACCCCCUCCGACGCGAAAGGUGUUCAGCCUGUGUUGUGUGUGCGCGUGUGAAACGGUGCAGCCCCCGCGCGAGGUGAAGGUUAGAGAAAUUGUUGCAUUUCUAUGCUGACCAGAACAAACCGCGCACCCUUCUUCGGUUUGUCCCCCACACCGUCUGGGCGGUAGACCAUCGUAUCGCGUCCGUUUAGUGGCCGUUUGCGUGCUCGAUUGGAGUGAAGCUGAAAGUGGGCAAACAAAGAAGACGUUGCUCCAAAUUUCGCAAAGCCUACUGCCACUUCUUGGUGCGUGUUUUUUUGCGUGUCCACUAAAACGACCUGCUUUAGGUAAAGCAUUUGGUCAGGUGAACGAAGAGUAGGUGUUUGCCGUGUGGGUAUCGUGCGUGAUAACAUAUUCCGGCAUUAGCUGGUGUUUUGGUGUGUGACGUCGAAGAAAAGCUUUCCACGGCUAAGAUGGAUGGGGACAGCGUACAGUCGAUGGGCGACUUUAAACAACAAGUGGCCGCCGUGCCCCAGUACGGAUUAAAGCUCAAGUUCAACCAUGUUUUCACGGACACCCGCAACCAGAAUCUGCGCCCAUCGAUCCGUCAGCUGCUGCAGAUUGUCCCGUUGGCCAUGAGAUACAUCCCUUACUAUUGGAAGGUGUCCCGGGAGGGCCGCCAGGUGCUGAUGGACUACUGGUACAUGGAGAACGGCAAGCAGAUCUACGGAGCCCCACUCGGGGGCAUCGGGGCCGGCACGAUCGGGCGCGGGUUCGCCGGCGAAUUCUGCCGCUUCCAGCUCCGGCCCGGGCUGUACGAGUACAACACCGUGCACGCCAAUCAGUUCAUCGUGACCAUUAAGGACGAGGCUGGCGCCACCAUAUUCCACAGUCUGCUGUCGACCUACAGCUACCGAACCACUAACGAUCAUGCUCCCUCGAACCGUUCUACCAAAACGCGUCGUUGCAGCCGGCCCAAGAGUCCCCUCGGCAGCUGGGAGAGUGCGCUGGAUGCGUCGAAGUGCAGCUACACGGCGCUGUACCCGCGCGCCUGGUCCGAGUACGACCUGAGCGAGUACGGGGUGCGGCUGGUGCAGCGUCAGAUUUCGCCGAUCAUUCCGCACGACUACAAGGAGAGCUCGCUGCCGUGCGCCGUGUUCGUGUGGACGGUCGAGAACGUGUGCGACAAGGAUCGCCAGGUGACGCUGACGUUCACGUUCAAGAAUGGCACCGGCACGAAGAAGCAGGACGCCGAGGGGGCCAGCGAGACGAGCGCGUUCACGCAGGGCCAGGCUCGGGGCGUCUCGAUCCGGCAGACGAUCGCCGAUAUGCAGUGCACGUACUGUCUGAGCUGCCGCGGCUCGUCCGAGAUCAAUCUGACCCGGUGCGAGCGGUUCGAUCCGGCCGGCAACGGGGAGAAGCUGUGGAACGACCUGAAGGAGCACGGCUAUCUGACGGAGCAGUGCAACGAUGAGACGCUGAAGACGAAAGAUGUGGCCGUUGCGGUAAGCGGACAGAUCCUGCUGCAACCGGGCACUACGUCCGAGCUGGAGUUUGCGCUCGCUUGGGACAUGCCGAAGGUGCACUUCCAGAAGCGGGGCAAAGAGUACCAUCGCUACUACACGAAGUACUUUGGCAAGAGUGGCGAUGCUGGGCCGGUGAUAUCGGACUACGCGCUCAGCAACUACGCCAAGUGGGAGCGACUGAUCGACGAAUGGCAACGGCCUAUUCUGGAUGAUGCUGAUCUUCCCGAUUGGUACAAGAGUGCGAUCUUCAACGAGCUGUACUUCAUCGCGGACGGUGGUAGCGUGUGGUUUACGAUGGAAGAUGGGUCCGAUCUGCCGUACGAUGAUCCCCGGUUGGCGUACGGUCGUUACUCCUACCUGGAAGGUCACGAGUAUCGGAUGUACAGCACGUACGAUGUGCACUUUUAUGCUUCGCACGCACUCGCGAGCUUAUGGCCUAAUCUACAAGUGAGCAUUCAGUACGACUACAAGGACACUAUAGAGCGCGAAAUAACCGAGGGAAGAAAGCAUCUGUACGAUGGGAAGGUGAUUCCACGAAAGAUCAAAAACUCGGUCCCACACGAUCUCGGUGAUCCUGCGGAAGAACCAUUCGAUUUGAUCAAUGCCUACCCAAUCCACGAUGUGUCCGAAUGGCGUGAUCUGAACAUCAAGUUCAUCCUGCAGGUGUACCGGGACUAUUAUACGCUCAACCACUACGCCCAGCUGAACGCGGAGAACGCCAGCAAGUUCAGCUCGAUCGAGUUCAUCGACAAGGAGAGCAUGUACGACACGUACAUCCAGGAUAACCGCAACAAGCCAACCGAGGCUAUGAAAGCGGCCAACCGUAAGUCGGCCUCGAUGUACAUCAACGAGACGAACGGCAAGGUGUACCUGAUGGACGCCAUGACCUACCUGAAGGCGAUGUAUCCGUCGUGUAAGCUCGUCCUGGAGCGCUCGCUCGAGUGGGACAAGGACGGCGAUGGGUUGAUCGAGAAUAGUAAAUCGCCGGAUCAAACGUACGACACGUGGGUGAUGGAUGGGCCGAGUGCGUACUGUGGAGGGCUCUGGCUGGCCAGUCUCCACUGCAUGACGACGAUGGCAAGCCUGCUCGAUCAGGCCGACGAUAGUGCCCGCUACCAAACACUUCUAGAACGUGGCAAGGCAUCGUUCGAGGAGAAGCUUUGGAAUGGGUCGUACUACAAGUUCGAUGCGGCCAGCGGUUCGAAAAAUAGUAUCAUGUCGGAUCAACUAUGCGGCCACUGGUAUUUGCGAUCCUGCGGUUUCGAUUGCGAUGUGUUCCCGAAGGAAAACGUACGGCUUGCCAUGCGUACCAUCUACGAUAACAACGUGAUGCGGUUCUGUGGCGGCAACCUGGGUGCCGUUAACGGGUACGUGCCGAGCGGCCAACCGAACAAGGACGGUCGUCCCGAUUCGUCCACCAUCCAGGGGGAGGAAGUGUGGACCGGAGUGACGUACGCGCUCGCCUCAACCAUGAUCCACGAGGGCAUGUUCGAGGAAGCAUUCCAGACGGCCGGAGGCCUCUACCGGGCGCUUUCGGAGCGGAUCGGCAUGAACUUUGAAACACCGGAGGCGGUGUACGCUGAGCGGCAUUAUCGAGCGAUUGGGUACAUGCGCCCGCUAAGCAUCUGGUCAAUGCAGACGGCGUGGGAAAUGAAGAAACUGCGUCGCGAUUAAACAUUGCACCCACCGAGCUUCAGGUGUCUCAAUGAGGGAGGGAGAGUAAAAUCACAAAUUAAAGCUUCGCUGCGGUUCAUGGAAACGGUGGAGCUCACAACACAUGCUUAAGUUCAGAAGGGUAAAGUUAGGUUUUCCGUUUCGGUUUUGGAUAGAUUUGUCUUCUAUCGUCUGUAGGGUCUUGUGUGUCUCUUUGCGGGAACGAACUUAUGUACUCGUUGUACGACUUCGUUUCUGUAGCUGUGUUCAUUGUGCGUUUUAACCAAAAACUUUCAAUUAAACUUUGUAACUCUAGUCAUUAAGCAUUUGUGUUAGAUAAUGGCUUCAAAGAGGCAUGCUCUUGGAAAGUGUUAGAAAAAUGAUAUUCAGUUUAGUUAGUUUGGCUUACAGUAUUUUUAUUACUAUCAAACCUUUACCUAGGGCACAUGCUGCGCUUGAUCUUGUGGGAGGAUGAUGGCUAGACUUCCGAGCGCUUUGCAGCUUGCCAGCUUGUCCAAGCUCAUGCUGGACGACCGAAUAAAAGGGCCCAGUUUUAAUUUGUAGCAGUUCUACAGACAAACCCGAUCUGUAUGUGUCUAUCUAAGGUCCUAUGUGGCUCCCUGGUGUGAUCGAUCACGUAAAACCCAGACAAAAUGGUUUCCAACGAUGGCACGAUUUCCUCUGUCCUACCUGAAGUAACCAUGACCUGAGAUUCGGAUCGGACGAGAUCUGAAAGCGUGGACAUUAUGAACCAAACAAGAAAAUAUUUAGAAGCUCUUGAGAGCAGUGUUUGCUACUAUUUAAUAUUGAAAUUGACACACCUAAUCACCACACAGUAUGAAAGUUGAAACACAAACCUAAACUGUAGAUGAAACUGUUGCGGAAAGCUCUCCAUGUAUACAUAUAUAUUUUUGGUCUUACGCGCAAAAUUAUAAUCAAACUCUGUAAUACGUUAGCAAAGCUAGUGCAUGCGCAAGCGAAAAAGAAAAGAAAACGAUAUACUAAACACGGAGAUGUUUGAAAACCACUCCAAAGUUAUUCGAUGUAGCACAAGUACGUGUAUGUUGUACAAACUGAUGAUGCUGUCAAAGCGAACAAAAUAAAAAUGCCU